AUGGUUGAUUGUCAUUGCUAUGACGAAACCUCGAGCGAUGAUUCUUGGGGAGACGGCGACGAAAUUAAUGCUGGUAACGUGAGAAUUAGGCGAUUUAAGGCGAACUUCGUCUUGUCGCCCGAACAAAUAAUAGAGUUGGAUAAGUACAAAAGAGGUGCCAAUCUUUACUUCAAUAUUGAAAUCGACGAUUCGGAGGAUGAGAGUAGGAAGGAAAUAGAAAUGAGACAGAUUUUGGACUUUUACGAAAGGUUCUGGCAAUUCCACGGUAAAGCGCUUCCCAGCAUAGAAUGGGAUCCAUACGGUAGACCGUACGGUAUCGAUGGGUGUGGCAGGUAUUACGGUUACACCCAACACGGUCUGCCGUUCGGCUACGACGAAUGCGGCGUGCCGUUCGGUUACGAUCGCUUUGGGAAACCGUUCGGCAGGAGGAUGUACGGAUUGCCGAAAAUGGCGGUUAAAAAGAUCGAAAAAGAAGAAAAGGACAUCGCUGAGAGUUCGUCCAGAACUACUACGACGAAAUCUACGACGAAAUCUAAGUCCGAUACAUCCAUCACCCAAACUACGACGACCGCGUCCAAGAAGCAAUCGCCCACCAAGGUGAAGGAAUCGGUGAAGAAGAAACGACAGAAGCGGUUCUCGCCGGAUCGGUCGAGUAGCAAACCACGCCAGCAUCCGAGACAUUCGACCAAAAAGUUGUAUCCCGACAGAGACAAUAAAUUCAAUCGCCGGAUACACAAACAUAGAAAGAAGAAGAAGAAGAGUUCAUCGGCUGAGGAUGAAAGUGAUUUAUCUGAUGCAACCGUGUCCAAACACAGGAAACCGAGAGAUAGUGCAAGUCCUCAAAAGGAGCACAAAGCUUUAAAAGAAAACGGUUCAAAGGAUGAGAUAGGCCAUCGUCCAACGGAAAAGAAACAUACAAAGGAUAAGAAACGUUCAAGGGAUGAUAAACAUCCAAAGGAAACGAAAAAGUCAAAAGAACAGAAACAUUCAAAAGACAUGAGGCCUUCAAAAGAACAGAAACCUUCACAAGAAAUUAGGUCUUCAAAAGAACAGAAACCUUCACAAGAAAUUGGGCCUUCAAAAGAACUGAAACAUUCAAAAGACAUGCAGCAUUCAAAAGAACAGAAACCUUCAAAAGAACAGAAACAUUCAAAAGAACAGAAACAUUCAAAAGACAUGAGGCCUUCAAAAGAACAGAAACCUUCACAAGAAAUUAGGCCUUCAAAAGAACAGAAACAUUCAGAAGAAAUUAGGCCUUCGAAAGAACAGAAACCUUCAAAAGAUAUUAAACCUUCAAAAGAACAGAAACAUUCAAAAGAACAGAAACAUUCAAAAGAACAGAAACAUUCCAAAGACAUGAGGCCUUCAAAAGAACACAAACCUUCUAAAGAAAUGAGGCGUUCGGAAGAAAAUACGCAGCCAAAAGACAAGAAGCAUUCAAAAGAAAUGCAAUCUUCUAAAACCGCUGAAGAAAAAGUACAAAGAGAAAUAGAAGAGCCGGAUGUAAAAGCUCCUGAUCCCAAAGAAGAGCUCAAAAAAAGAAUGGACAAAGCGCAUAAGAAAAAACGGUUGAAAAAAUCAAAAAACAAAGGCGCUGAAAGCGAUGAUGAGUCAGAAUAA